AUGGGCGUCAAGAAGAAGGUCCGCAAGUUCGCUCAAGUCAAGCGUGCUAUCACCUUGCGAGACUGUAGGUUAAACCCUCAAGAGCCAGAAAAAGACAAGAAAAAAGACGACAAUGUUGUCCGAGAAAUUCCUCAGGUUUCCUCGUCUCUUUUCUUCCAGUACAACACGGCUUUGACUCCUCCAUACUCCGUUCUGGUCGAUACCAACUUCCUCUCCCACAGUGUGCAACAUAAACUAGAAGUGAUCCCAACGAUGAUGGACUGUCUCUACGCCAAAUGUACCCCGGUCAUUACAGACUGCGUACUGGCGGAAUUGGAAAAGCUUGGCCAGAAAUAUCGACUAGCGUUACGGAUUGCGAAAGAUCCUCGGUUCGAGCGCAUAAAAUGUGAUCACAGGGGCACUUAUGCAGAUGACUGUUUGGUUGAUCGAGUCAUCAAGCACAGGGUCUAUAUUGUAGCGACGAAUGAUAAAGAUUUGAAGAGAAGAAUACGCAAAAUCCCUGGUGUUCCAAUUAUGAAUGUGGCACGAGGCAAGUAUGUUAUUGAGCGUCUUCCUGAUGCUCCGGAGAAGUGA